UUGCAUGUAGGAUCUAAAGGUUAUGUUAAUGCUGCCAAACCAUCAUAUGGAGGUGGUGGUCCAGGCCAAUGCUCCGGUGGUGGAUCUUCAGAUAUCAGAUUAGUCUCAUGCAAUUUUGAAUACCCUGACGGUUUGAAAUCCCGAAUAAUCGUUUCUGCUGGUUCAGGAUCAGCAGAUGGAAUAUUUAAUAAACCAACAGAAGCUGAUUUUGGCGGAAGUGGUGGCGGCUUGACUGGUUUUUCAAGUCAAUAUUCAUCAAGUGUCGGAGGAAACCAAACAUCUGGCGGUUCUGGAGAAGGUGUUUACAAAGGACGUUUCGGAUUCGGUGGAGGGAAUGGUAAUAAUUACGUUGAUAAUGGAGCUAAUGACGGAAAUGGAGCUGGUGGAGGAUGUUACUUUGGUGGCAGUGCUUCUCAAUACGUGACAUAUGGAGGCGGUGCUGGAGGUUCUUCAUUCAUCAGCGGUCAUAACGGUUGUGUUGCAAUUGCGAAAGAUUUUACAGAAGAAAAUCCUAAAUUCCUAGAAUCAUCAAUCCAUUUCAGUGGCCUUUCAUUCUACGACACAGAAAUGCUUGAUGGAUCUUAA